AUGGCCAAGAAUCUUCUGGUGGCUGAGCUUUUUGAUGAGAUUCCCCCCCGUUCCUUGGAGAUUAAAGCAGAUGCCCAUGUCCGAGGUUAUGUGGGAGAAAAGAUCCGGUUGAAAUGCAGCUUCAGGUCAACUGCAGAAGUCACCGACAAACUCACCAUCGACUGGACGUAUCGGCCGGCCAGCGGCAGUCGCAUGGAAUCAAUUUUUCAUUAUCAGUCUUUCACAUACCCAACCACCUCUGGCCGAUUUCGGGAUCGCAUUUCCUGGGUUGGAAAUGUGUACAAAGGGGAUGCCUCCAUUAGCAUAAGCAACCCCACCACGAGGGACAACGGGACAUUCAGCUGUGCUGUGAAGAACCCCCCAGAUGUGCAUCACAACAUCCCCACGACAGAGCUAACAGUCACAGAAAGGAGUUUCGGCAUGAUGUUGUCCUCUGUGGCCCUUCUUUCCAUUCUGGUCUUCGUUCCCUCCGCGGUUGUGGUGGCGCUGCUGCUGGUCAGAAUGGGGAGGAAGUCCACGGGGCUGAAGAAGAGGAACAAGUCCGGCUAUAAGAAGUCAUCUAUUGAAGUUUCUGAUGACACUGACCAGGAGGAAGGAGCUGACUGUGUGGGGCGGCUCUGCGUCCGCUGUGCUGAGUGUCUGGGACACCAGUCUCUCCUGCUGACAUCCCCAAAGUACGUGAGCUGCAGUCUCACCAUCUUCACUUCUGAAGGCGCCUUCUAG